GGGGCUUAGCUUCGCAGUCUGGUGGGCGCCACGGCUGCUUGCCAGACUCCGCUGCUCGCUCCCGGGCUCGUCCCCAGGCCUCGGGACUGCACUCAGCGAAGGAGACGUGACUCAGGCCGCCCUCCCAGGCUUUUUGGCCUCUCAGGUAUGAACUACACUUGAUCCAUCACUUUCCAGGCAAAACUGUUCCUUUAUCUACUGUUGAAGGGAUCAGGGGGUGAUGGAGACAUCACCUGUCAGCCCAGUGAAAGAGAAGGACACCGCGCAACCGCGGCCACGGGAAGAGAAUGCCCAGCAAAACCUGGAUGCGGCCGUCCAGUUUAGGCAGCAGGCCCCAGGCCCCUCCCCUGAGGCCCUGAAGCUGGGAGUGAGACCCGAUCCAGCCCGUCGAAUUGUAGAGAAUCAGGAGGUUGAAAACCCGGUGGCUGGACUUGAAGGUGACGCUGAUAAAUCUCACGUCUCCGCCGAUGAGGUGGCAGAGCCUCUCCGAGCUUCUGAUCUUUGGUACUGCCCUGAUGGGAGUUUUGUAAAGAAGAUCAUAGUUCGUGGCCGUGGCUUAGACAAACCCAAACUCGGCUCCCAGUGCCGAGUGUUGGCUUCGGGGUUUCCUUUUGGGUCUGGGAUGCCAGAGGGCUGGACUGAACUAACCAUAGGCAUUGGGCAAUGGAGGGAAAAAACUUGGGGAGAACUCACAGAAAAAUGCCUGGAGUCCAUGUGUCAAGGCGAGGAAGCGGAGAUUCAUCUUCCUGGGUCCUCUGCGCCUCUUGCCAAGCUCAGACUGGAUUCCUUCACUAAGGGUCGGGAUUCCUGGGAGUUGGAGGCUAUGGAGAAGGAGGCCCUGGCCAGUGAAGAGCACUCCAGGGGUACAGAACUGUUUCGAGCCGGCAAUCCUCAGGGGGCUGCCCGAUGCUAUGGACGGGCUCUCCGGCUGCUGCUGACCUUACCCCCACCCGGACCCCCAGAACAAGCGAUCCUCUACGCCAAUCUGGCCGCCUGCCAGUUGCUGCUAGGGCAGCCCCAGUUGGCCGCCCAGAGCUGUGACCGCGCGCUGGAGCGGGAGCCGGGCCAUUUAAAAGCCCUGUACCGAAGAGGGGUUGCUCAGGCUGCCCUGGGGAACUUGGAGAAAGCAACUGCUGACCUCAAGAAAGUGCUAGCCGCUGACCCCAAAAACCGUGCAGCCCAAGAGGAGCUGGGCAAAGUGGUCAUUCAGGGAAAGAAACAGGAUGCUGGGCUGGCGCGGGGUCUUCGAAAGAUGUUCAGCUGAUUAAAAAGUUAGACUUUAAAAGAGA